AUGUCUAAGCAACAGCGCAAGGGUCGGAAUCAUGGUCACAAUCGACAGUCAUCUGGCCGCGCGCCACUCACGUCUGAUUACGAAUCCGACACAUUCGCAGGCCAAAACAACCACGCCACCGAAGGCUCCUAUGCGCCUCCUCCACCGACACGCACAAACACCCAGCUCAAUCUUGCUGUGCUCCGCCGCUACCUUCCCAGCAUAAACAGCAUCAAUAGCAUUGCAGCCAACGCCGUCUUAUACACAUUCAACGAAGAGGGGAAAUGGGACAAGAGCGGCGUGGAAGGCACAAUGUUCACCUGCACGCAGGAUCCUCUGCCGACAGAUCCUCUGCAACGAGCGCGAGCCUGCCUCUUCAUUCUCAACCGGCGCGGGCUGAGCAACCUGGUGAUUGACCUAGGCGAGGUACAGGAUAUAGAAGUCUCAGGCGAGCUCACCAUUCUCACGGUGGGCGAGGAAUGGCAAGGUCAAGGCGACAAGACACUGGGAGUAUGGUUGCACAACGACGAAAGCCAGACGAGAAGUAUCAACCAGGAAGCGAUGAGAACUAUAUGGGAGUACGUCAGAGCGAACGGUCCAGUCGGGAAGGGCGAGGUCGAGGCUGGAGCGGCCACGCAGGCUAUUGGCGGCUCGGGCCUGAGCGUGCAUGAUCUCUUCAAAGCUCAAGGUGCAGCGCAAGGAGUUCAAUAG